AUGGGUGAUGACAACUAUUGGUGGAGACCUGUACAAGGAGUACCUCAACUUUUCUAUACGGAACCCCUGGUGAAGGCAGACAUGGGUGGAUUAGAGCGAACCUUGCUGUGCCAAGGUCCCGUGGAACUCACAAGGGGCACGAAAACAAACAGACGACAUCUGUCCUUAUUUGAUGACGUUUUAGUAGUAUCUAGUAACCUGAAUAAGAAAAAAUUUAAAAUAAAAUUUAUCAUUCCACUGAAUAACCUGUGGGCUGUGGAUAAUGUGGAACUAGUCAGAAAAAAUGAAUUCUCUCUUUGCAAGAACCUUUUCCUGUUUUGGCCAGAUGGCAAUUUUUUGGCUUCCUUUCGUUCGAUUGAAGAGAAAGAUCACUGGUAUUAUUUUAUCAGAAGAUCCAUUGAUGCAGCCAAGAUGGAUAUGAAGAAACCAUUCUCUCUUAAGAUAUUCACCGAAGACAUACCAACCUGUGACACUAACAGUGAAGAUUUCGAACUAUGGUUCUGCCCUGGCCAUGAGGAACCUCCUAGAGCACUGCACAGCUAUGAGUGUCCACAUAAAGUUUUAAUGAAUCACCUUCAAAUUAACUUGGGUAGAUGGAAGUCAAAAAUUUCCACAGCUUUUCCCAUCUUGCCUGGGUUAUUUGUGAAAGACUUCAACACGGAUGAGGAACGCCAAUUUAUCUUAAAGCCCCGAAACUCAGCUAGAAUCCAGCAGCAAAAUGAAAAGGAAAGACCUCGUAAGACAAAAAGACCAUUGAUGACAUCUUGCUUCCAUAGGGCCUCUGUGCCCCACCGGGACCAAAUGUGUACUGACCCAAAAGUUAAAAAGACAGGACAACUAUUUGGCAAACAACUGAGUUGCAUUUGUCCCAAUGGAAAAUGGCCCCAAGGAAUUCUGGACAUACUGUACCGAUUAAGAGAAAAAGGCCCCACCACACAAAGCAUCUUUGCCAAAUCUCCCAAUGAGACAUCGUGUAAUACUCUAAAAGACAAAUUGGAUAAUGGGGAAGUGGUCGAUAUAAAAAAUUACUCGCUUCAUGACGUGGCCUGGAUCCUGAAGGAGUUUCUACGACGUAUUAAAGGCAGUCUGAUGACUGCCCAGUUAUAUGACAAGUGGCUUGCAGUUCCGCAAAAGGCCAACCACAAAGAAAAACUGACAGCAGUGCGGAGUCUCCUAGACAAUCUUCCAGCGCCAAAUGCUGCUCUAUUGGGCCAACUCUUUAGGAUUUUACACGAAAUUUCAAAAAAUGCUUCUUUUAAUCUAAUGUCAGCUCAAAAUCUCUCGGCUGAGAUAGCUCCCUACAUUUUAUGGAUGCCUACCUACCGCAAUAAGGUCCUGGCAAAUUAUAUCACUGAAAAGAUUUCUCUCGUAACAUUUUUGAUAUCAAAUUCUCCCGAACUCUUUGGACUUGAUGUUGUUGCAGUAUGGUAUGAAACAUCGUUUUUUAGUCCAACUAGUACAAAUACCUCAUGUGCCCAUAAUUCUCCAUCUAUUAUCAACAAAGGAAAGGAAACAGAACAUGGAAUCAACACCUGCCCCAGUGGGAAAACAUACAGCCCAGGCCAUGACGCACCAGCAAUUACUCCUGUGGCUCCUCCUCUUCAUGAGGGCAAUAUAGAGAAAGGAGAAGGCAAUGUAGAUACAACCCGGCAAGCAAUUUCUAAAACUGCUCCUGCUCCAAUAAAAAAACAAGGAUUUCGCUCUUUUCCACCAAUUUCUUGCCUGGACAGGAUGCUGCCAUCUCCCAUACUUGAUAUGCUGUCUAUCAUUGAGAGAAGGGGCCAAAAUACUGACCAAAUAUUCCGAUACCUACCAGGAAAAUCACAUUGGUCCCUGAGAGAUAAAAUUUACACUGGUCAAGACAUUGACUGGCAUGAACAAUCUGUGAUUACAAUAUCUUCCGUUUUAAAGAUGCCACAAGAAAACUAUGACCUCCUUAAACAGCUCAUCUGUGUGCUAUUACAAAUUAAAAUGUCUACCAGGAAUAACCUAGACACCUACAUGUUAUCUGUCCGCAUAGCCCCUCAUGUACUGUGGGAUCAGAGUGGCAGGAACUCAUUAUUUGGAAGUGACCUCUCGAAGAAGAUGUCUAUUAUACAAAUCAUGAUUGACAACUAUGUAGAUAUAUUUGGAGAUGAGGACCAUAUCAUUUGUGACCAUAAUCAAAAGAGUUCAGAUGACAAAAAGAUGUCAAUAAAUACUGCUGGUAAAAUUAAUGGCCAGUGUGACUAUUGA